ACAAAGGCAAAGCACCUUUCCAAAAACCCUGUCCUGUUUCUCUACAUAUUGCAAUUCUUCCUUAAGGACAGCACACCAUAAGUUGUUCGGGUAAGGAAUGGAACAACACUUACUCCAUGGGACGCUUCAAGUUACCUUUUAUGAGGCUAGGCUCAGCAAAUUUGGCUUUAAUUUAUGUGCCAAGACCGUUGCUCCGAAAGAUAUGGGCAGAAGAUUUAUAUACCAACUCAAGAGAUUAGUGCUCCGCCGGCGCGAGGCCACCAAGCUCUAUGCAACUGUUGAUCUAGACAAGGCCAGGGUUGGGAGGACUAGACUGAGAGAAAACGAGCCCUCGAACCCACGUUGGAACGAAUCCUUUCUAAUAAACUGCGCUCAUACUGUCUCUGAAGUUGUAUUCACAGUCAAGGACGAUAAUCCUAUCGGUGCAACAUUGAUCGGAAGAGCUUAUUUGCCUGUGACGGACGUCAUCAGCGGAUAUGCUGUGGACAGAUGGAUUCAGAUACUAGAUGAAAACCGUGUUCCAGUCCAUGGAGGUUCUAGAAUCCAUGUGAGGCUCCAAUUUCUUAAUGUCACUCGAGAUAGUAAUUGGUCUCAGGGAAUCAAGAAUCUGUUCGGAGAAGUCCCUCGCACCUUCUUUAUGCAGAGGAAGGGCUGUAGAGUUUCAUUGUACCAAGAUGCCCAUGUCUCGGAUAUGACUAUCCCCGAUUCUUAUCGCUCUGGAGGUGAAACCUACGAGCCUCAUCGAUGCUGGGAGGAUAUCUUUGAUGUGAUCACCAAUGCAAAACACCUCAUUUACAUUACGGGCUGGUCUGUAUAUACUAAAAUCACUUUGAUAAGAGAUCCGAGAAGGCCAAAGCCCGGAGGAGACAUGAAUCUAGGCAAGUUGCUUGUAAAAAAGGCCAAUGAAGGCAUAAGAGUGCUUAUGCUGGUUUGGGAUGAUAGGACCUCUGUCGAACCAUUGAAAAAGGAUGGUUUGAUGGCGACCCACGAUCAAGAAACCGCAGACUACUUCCGCACCACAAGCGUACGGUGCAUUUUAUGCCCACGUAACCCUGACGCUGGGAGGAGCAUUAUUCAGGGGUUUGAGACUUCUAACAUGUUUACUCAUCAUCAGAAGACAGUGGUGGUGGAUAGUGAAGUACCCGGGGAAAGUUCACAAAAAAGGAGGAUUGUUUGUUUUGUCGGUGGAAUUGAUCUUUGUGGCGGGCGGUAUGACACUCCGUAUCAUUCUUUAUUUAGUACUUUGAACUCAAUCCACAAGGAUGAUUUCCAUCAGCCCAAUUUUAUGGGCUCUUCAAUAGCAAAAGGUGGUCCAAGGGAGCCCUGGCAUGACAUUCAUUGUAAACUCGAAGGGCCUGUUGCUUGGGAUGUCCUGUACAACUUUGAGCAGAGGUGGAAAAAACAAGUUGGAGAUGAUUUUUUGUUUACAUUUGACGAGCUCAACAGAAUCAUUACUCGUCCAUCACAAGUUACAUCACUAGAAGACUCAAACACGUGGAAUGUCCAAAUAUUCAGAUCGAUGGACGGUGGAGCUGCUUCUGGAUUCCCCAUUUUACCCAAGGAUACAGCUGAAUUAGGCCUUGUCACUGGAAAAGACAACAUUAUUGAGAGAAGCAUUCAGGAUGCCUAUAUCAAUGCCAUUCGUCGAGCUAAGAAUUUCAUUUACAUUGAGAAUCAGUAUUUCCUCGGAAGCUCGUAUGGAUGGAAAUACAAGGAUGUCAAGGUGGAAGAUAUUGGUGCGUUACAUCUAAUUCCAAAGGAGCUCUCAUUGAAGAUUGUCAGUAAGAUUGAAGCAGGAGAGAGGUUUUCUGUGUAUGUAGUGAUUCCCAUGUGGCCAGAAGGUGUACCCGAGAGCGGUUCGGUUCAGGCUAUACUGGAUUGGCAAGGGAGGACUAUGGAGAUGAUGUAUAAAGACAUUGGCGAUGCGCUAAGAGCUAAAGGGCUGAAAGCCAACCUUAGAGAGUAUUUGACAUUUUUCUGCCUUGGGAAUCGGGAGACUAUGAAACCUGGAGAGUAUGUUCCUCCUCAGAAGCCAGAUGCUGACACUGAUUACAUGAGAGCUCAGCUGAAUCGACGCUUCAUGAUCUACGUUCAUGCGAAAAUGAUGAUAGUUGAUGAUGAGUACAUAAUUGUUGGGUCUGCGAACGUAAAUCAGAGAUCGAUGGAUGGUGGGAGGGACACUGAGAUUGCAAUGGGGGCCUGUCAGCCACACCAUUUGGCAUCAACAAGCCAACUGCAGACACCCAGGGCCAGGGGGGAGAUCUUUCGCUUCCGAAUGGGAUUGUGGUAUGAGCACCUCGGUGAACCAGACUCCUUGUUUCUUGAUCCGGAAACCCUCAAAUGCGUCCAAGAAGUAAAUUUAAUGGCUGAUAGAAACUGGAAACUCUAUUCGAGUGACACAUUUGACGAAGACCUUCCAGGACACCUCCUGAGUUACCCGAUUGCGAUCUCAGAAAAUGGAGACAUCAGUACAUUGCCUGGUUUUCAGUUUUUUCCUGACACCAAAGCGAAGGUCCUCGGCUCCAAAUCUGAGUACCUCCUUCCAAUCCUUACUACCUAGUGGAAACACUUCUUGGCCAGAGGCCAGACGUAAUGGUGGUAGCGUUUGAUGGCCGGCUGUCAUUGUACGUAGUGGGGCAUGUCAGCUGUAUACUUGUAUAUAUCCUUCUCUAAUUUUGCGUUAUGUGCUCACUCAUUCACCAGGAGAAAAGAAGUUAUAUUGGUGGUACUAGAAGAAAUCUUUGUAUUACUAUUCCUGUAACCAUUGUAUGCUUUGAAUGAAUAUGAAAAAACGCAGAUUGAUUAUUUCAGUGAAGUUAUUUAUUA